AUGGCGGCCAUUUCGAAGGAAGAGUAUUUAAAACGUUAUCUGUCAAACGCGGAUUCUGGGGAGAAAAAGAGGCGAAAAAAGAAGGUGAAAACUGGGGUAAAAACCGGAAAGUCUUUGAUUAUCGACGACGAUGUAAAUCUAAGGGAUAUCAAAGUGAAGCAGGAUGCUGGAACCGCGGAAAAUCUUCUUGAUAUGGCAGACGAAACUCCGCUUAUUUUUAACGAAACGGGAACUACUGUGCUAUCGAAAGAUUUAGAGAGCAUUAAGAAGAAAGAAGAUGAGAGAAAGGCGAUGUGGGCGCCGGUGAAAACCGUUCAAGAUGAGUCAAACGUGGGGAAAAGUCAUCAGAGUACAAAGGACUUAUCUCCUAUGAGAAGCAGAACUUCACCUGAGAAAUCAAGUGACUAUGGUAAAAAAAUUUCAAAAGGACAAGCAGUUUCCAGAAAAGCAGAUAAACAUAGACGUCGACAUGAUUCUGAAGAUUUGUCACCGCAACGACAACCCAUCAGACACAAUUCAUCUUCGGAUGAAUCACCCCCAAGAAGAUUGGCAAAGGAAAUACCACCAAGACUAAGUCGACACGAUUCCCCUGAACUUUUGCCUCAGAGAAGCGGCAAGUCAAGGUCGCAAGCGGACCAAUCACCACCAAGACGAAAGAGACAUGAUUCUUCUUCCUCUGACAGGUCACCACCACGGAGUAACCAACCAUUCAGAAACCAGCCUAGACGAACCAGACAUGAUUCUCCAGACAUGUCUCCCCCACGUAAAAUUGGAAAUAACAGAUCAAGAUCCCCUGAUCAGUCUCCACCUAGAAGGAACAGACACGAUUCAUCCUCUGAUCAGUCACCUCCAAGAAACAAUCAAAAUACUAACAAUGUGCCAAAACGGACCAGACAUGAUUCACCAGACUUAUCACCUCGUAGAAAAGCCUUAAAUAAACCCAUUUCACCCGACCAAUCUCCUCCAAGAAAACAAAGAACGUUAGAUAGUAGAAAUAGUUCAUCAGUUAGAGGGAGACACAAUUCUCCCGACCUCUCCCCUCCUCGUAAAUCAAGAGGGUCACCCCAAGAUCAUUCCCCACCCAGAAAAAGCAGUAGACGUGAUCAUAAAGGACCUGAUCUGUCUCCACCAAGAAAGCAAAGAAAUUCAGAACGUAAAGCAGGUCUACAUUCAGCUGCAGAGCUGAGAGAGGAGAAUGAGCGAAUGAAGCAGAGGGAAAAUGAGAUGUUUUCCAAAAUGAACUCAAGUACCACAGGUAAGGGUGCAGAGACAGUACAUCGGGAUAAAUCAGGAAGGAAGAGGGAUUUCCAAGUGGAAAAAGUCAAAAAGCGAGAGGAAGAACGGAAGAAAGAAGAGGAAAAUGAGAAGUUCAUGAAAUGGGGCAAAGGGGUGCAGCAAAGUAAAACAGCAAAAGAGAAAGUUGAUGAUGACCUGUACGAGAUGAGCAAGCCUCUGGCAAGGUACAAGGAUGAUGAAGAUUUGGAUGAAAUGCUAAGGAAUCGAGAGAGAGCUGAGGAUCCUAUGUUAGCAUUUGUGCAGAAGAAGAAAGUGAAACAAGAUGUUUCAGCUGGGAAGAAAGAGAAACCAAGGUACAAAGGACCAGCUCCCCCACCAAACAGAUUCAACAUCCUCCCAGGUUACCGUUGGGAUGGUGUGGACAGAUCAAAUGGAUUUGAAAAGAAACGAUUCUCUAUGUUGGCCAAUAAGGGGGCAAGCAAUGAAGAGGCAUAUAAAUGGAGCAUAGAGGAUAUGUAAAGGGGAGGGGGGUUGUAAUCAGGAUCUGUGUCCCUGAGUCAAGUGGUUUUUACAAAAUGAACAAAAUACAUUUUAGAACAUUACAAUGCAUUCCAUGCACCAAUGAUUUUUUUGGGUGCAUUAUGUUACAUGUAACUGCCACUCAUAGAUUCACUGAUCUGUAAAUAAACGGGAUAGUCCAAC